CUGCAUAUGCAGAAAAUGUUCUUGUUUACAGAUCACACCAUCCAGUCUGUUUUCUGCUGCUGCUGCUGCUGUGCGGUACAAAAACGAGCAAUGAGAACAAAGAUAAAUGUGGACUCUGACACUGACCUGGAGACCCAGUACUCAGCCUCUCAAUCAGAAGAUUCACAUGCACCUACUUGGAAGUGUAAAGGUAAGAAGAAAUUGCAUAUAAAGAACAAGCCUUUACCUCCUCUACCUGCUGAGGCUUUUGAAGACUACACAAAGAAACUCAAAGUUAUUGCCCUAUAUGACUUUUUCGCUAGAGGACCCUCUGAUUUAACACUCAAGCAGUCGGAAGAAUACAUUAUCCUUGAACAGUAUGAUCCUCACUGGUGGAAGGCUAGAGACCAGUAUGGGAAUGAAGGUCUAAUUCCUAGCAAUUAUGUUACUGAGAACACAAAAAGUAAUUUAGAAACAUAUGAGUGGUAUUGCAAGAACAUCAACAGAAGCCAGGCAGAACUACUUUUGCGACAGAAGUCCAAAGAAGGCUCAUUUGUUGUUAGAGAUUCAAGCCAACAGGGAAUCCUUACGCUGUCUGUGUAUUCACGAUCUAAAGGAAGUCAUGGUGGAGACAUUCGACAUUAUCAAAUUAAGAAAAACCACUUGAAACAGUAUUAUGUAGCAGAAAAAUAUCUAUUCUCCUCUAUUCCUGAGCUCAUUCAAUAUCAUCAACACAAUGCUGCAGGUCUUAUCACCCGUCUCCGACAUCCAGUCAGAUCAAUCAGAUGUUCUUCACCAGCAACAGCAGGAUUUAGUUAUGAGGAGUGGGAAUUGAACCCCUCGGAACUGACGUUUAUGAAAGAGCUUGGGCGUGGGCAAUUUGGAAUUGUUCAUCUGGGUAAAUGGAAAGCAACCAUCAAGGUUGCCAUCAAAAAAAUCAAUGAAGGUGCGAUGUCUGAAGACGAUUUCAUGGAGGAGGCCAAAUUGAUGAUGAAACUAUCCCACCCAAAGCUGGUCCAGCUGUAUGGGGUGUGCACACGUCAGAAGCCUCUCUACGUGGUGACUGAAUUCCUGGAGAAUGGUUGCCUGCUCAACUACCUGCGACAGUGGCGGGGGAAGCUCAGCAGAGACAUGCUGCUGGGAAUGUGCCUGGAUGUGUGUGAAGGGAUGGAGUAUUUGGAGAGAAAUAACUUUAUUCACCGCGACUUAGCUGCAAGGAACUGUUUAGUAAAUGCUGAACACACUGUUAAAGUAUCUGACUUCGGCAUGGCAAGAUACGUCAUUGAUGAUGAAUAUGUCAGCUCUUCAGGUGCCAAGUUUCCAAUCAAGUGGUCAUCUCCUGAAGUCUUUCAUUUCAAAAAGUACAGCAGUAAAUCUGACAUCUGGUCAUUUGGUGUACUGAUGUGGGAAGUUUUCACAGAAGGCAAAAUGCCUUUUGAAAGUAAAUCAAAUUAUGAAGUUGUCCAUGAGAUUUCUGCAGGUAACCGACUUUAUCGGCCGCAUUUGGCAUCACACACUGUGUACAAAGUCAUGUACAGCUGCUGGCAUGAGGUUUGUUGGUCUUUCUUUGUUGUGGUAUUACUUUAACUUCACUUGCAAUGUGAAUCUGAAGGCUAUCCUCAAAAACUGGAGCAAUAAACCUCUACUUUGUGGAAUCCUCAGUAAUUUUCGCUAUGCUUUUUCACAAACUCACAUCUAGUUUAAAAGCCUCUGUUCCUUUUGACUGUUGCAUUCAAUAAAUACCAAGCACAUAAUCUGCACAGUAGGUCUACACCAUCCCUGGUUUUGAGUAUAUCCCCUGUGUUUCCUCCUGUAGUGUGCAGAGGAAUUUUGCAUAAAAAUGCUUUCUUCUGAAAGUACUUUUUCAUUCUGAUGAUUUCUGGCACAUUGAUGUGCAGAACAAGAUAAACUUGACCUUUUUAACCUGUGUCAACAAAAUAAAAUAAUAAUAUGAGUAAUAAUUUUAAGCAGUUGCUUUGAUGUACUUGUAACCAUCUUCUAUUAAUUUAAAUUUCUCCUCUGCUU